AUGAAGAGCUUCAUUUCAAGGAACAAGACAGCCAUUUUGGCAACCGUCGCCGCUACAGGUACUGCCAUUGGUGCCUACUAUUACUACAGCCAAUUGCAACAACAAGAACAACGGGGAAAGAAGAACACUACCACGAAGGAUGAAAAAAAAGACGCAAAGGACUCUCAGAAGAAGACUGAAGGUGCUAAGAAAUCUACAGCUCCACCAAGUCCUCCUAUCUACCCAGUUUCUAGUAAUGGCGAACCGGAUUUUUCCAAUAAGGCAAAUUUCACAGCUGAAGAAAAAGAUAAAUAUGCAUUGGCAUUAAAGGAUAAAGGUAACCAAUAUUUUAGAAACAAAAAGUACGACGAUGCUAUUAAGUACUACAAUUGGGCAUUGGAAUUGAAGGAAGACCCCGUGUUCUACUCGAAUUUGUCGGCUUGUUAUGUUUCUGUAGGCGACUUGAAGAAAGUUGUUGAAAUGAGUACCAAGGCUCUUGAAUUAAAACCGGACUACUCAAAAGUCUUGUUGAGAAGAGCUUCUGCUAAUGAAGGAUUAGGAAAUUUCGCGGACGCGAUGUUUGACUUGUCUGUAUUGUCUUUGAAUGGUGACUUCAAUGAUGCCUCUAUCGAACCAAUGUUGGAGAGGAACUUGAACAAGCAAGCUAUGUCCAAAUUAAAAGAAAAGUUUGGUGAUAUUGAUACUGCUACUGCUAGCCCAACUGAAUUAUCAACGCAACCACCUAAAGAACGCAAAGACAAGCAGGAAAGCUUACCUUCAGUUACAUCCAUGGCCUCAUUCUUUGGUAUUUUCAAACCAGAGUUGACUUUUGCCAAUUAUGACGAAUCCAAUGAAGCUGAUAACGAGUUAGUGAACGGGUUAAGUAAUUUGUACAAGAGAUCCCCUGAAAGUUACGACAAGGCUGAUGAGUCUUUCACGAAAGCUGCAAAAUUAUUUGAAGAACAAUUGGACAAGAACAAUGGGGAUGAAAAGUUAAAAGAAAAAUUAGCCAUCUCUUUGGAACAUACCGGUAUUUUCAAGUUCUUAAAAAACGAUCCAUUGGGAGCUCACGAGGACAUCAAGAAAGCCAUCGAAUUGUUUCCAAGAGUUAAUUCAUAUAUCUACAUGGCAUUAAUCAUGGCUGACAGAAAUGACUCGACCGAAUAUUAUAACUACUUUGAUAAAGCCCUGAAACUGGAUUCAAACAAUUCCUCUGUCUACUAUCAUCGCGGCCAAAUGAAUUUCAUUUUACAAAACUACGAUCAGGCAGGUAAAGAUUUUGAUAAAGCUAAAGAAUUAGACCCGGAAAAUAUCUUCCCCUACAUUCAAUUAGCAUGUCUAGCGUACCGUGAAAACAAAUUUGAUGACUGUGAAACUUUGUUUAGCGAAGCUAAGAGGAAAUUUCCGGAGGCGCCAGAAGUUCCAAAUUUCUUUGCUGAAAUUCUAACUGACAAGAACGAUUUCGACAAGGCCUUGAAACAGUACGAUUUGGCUAUUGAAUUGGAAAACAAGUUGGAUGGUAUUUAUGUUGGAAUUGCACCUUUGGUCGGUAAAGCCACUUUAUUGACAAGGAAUCCAACAGUAGAAAAUUUCAUUGAAGCCACGAAUCUACUAGAAAAAGCAUCCAAAUUGGACCCAAGAAGUGAGCAAGCUAAAAUCGGUUUAGCUCAAAUGAAAUUGCAACAGGAAGAUAUCGAUGAAGCUAUUACUUUAUUUGAAGAAUCAGCUGAUUUGGCCAGAACUAUGGAAGAGAAAUUACAAGCUAUUACUUUUGCUGAAGCCGCCAAAGUUCAACAAAGAAUUAGGUCGGAUCCAGUAUUGGCUAAAAAAAUUCAAGAAACUUUAGCUAAAUUGCGCGAACAGGGUUUAAUGUAA